AUGGCUAGUACUACAGUCGGCUGUAUCUAUAGUCACUGUAGCAGAUUGCUUCGAUAUCAUAGAUUACGUAUGCAUAUAUGCAUAUAUAUAUGUAUAUAUGUAUGAAUGCAUAUACACCCAUAUGCAUUGCUUCUUUAGUAUUCCUAUUCGAAUUUUCAAACCUAAACGAUAUCUGUCAACCGCAAUUUUCAUUGACAGGAUCGAAUGCAAUAGAAAAUGAGAUGUUUGUGAAUAUUUUGGUAUAAAAAAAAAAUUAUAUAUACCUGUAAUGGUUCUGGGCGUGGCUUGAAACAUUAUAUGAGAACUUUGUUUAUUAGUAUGAAAUAUAAAAGUUGAAGAAAAUAUUGGAGAUAUCAGGAUGGAGAAAAAGAGCAGCGCUGAACUUUUGAAUAUAGAGCAAAAUAAUUCUAAAAAUGCCAGUUCAGAUUCUCUCAACUCUGACAGCAAGAGCAGUUCUCUUAAUUCCAAGAUGGGUCAAGAAUCGGAAAGCUGGGAUAAAGCUUCGCGUUCAAAAAGUUUUUCCUCAAGCUCUACUUCUACGGAUAAUAACGUUGUCUCUGCUUUAGAAGCUAAAAAAGACAAUCAAGUAAAAAACUUAUCCAGCGGAGAAACAGGUCCACCUCUUUUAAAUGGUGAACGUGUGCAAGGCAUUGCUCACGAAGUAACAUACGUUUGUCCUUACUCGGGACCAGUUCGAGGAAUUCUUAGCGUUACAAAUUACAAACUUCAUUUUCGGAGCGUAGAUCGUGAUACGCCUUACGUAGUCCAAGUACCUUUAGGUGUAGUUAGCAGAAUCGAAAAAGUGGGCGGUGCGUCCAGCAGGGGAGAGAAUUCUUAUGGGAUCGAAGUGUUCUGUAAGGACAUGAGGAAUCUCAGAUUUGCUCAUAAACAGGAAAAUCAUUCGAGGAGGGACGUUUUCGAAAAAUUGCAACAAUAUUCGUUUCCGUUGUCCCAUAAAUUACCUCUUUUUGCGUUCGAAUACUCCGAUACGUUUCCUGAAAAUGGCUGGAACGUUUAUGAACCUAUAGCCGAAUUAAAACGAAUGGGAGUAAACAAUGAUAUGUGGAAGAUAUCAAAAAUCAAUGACACAUACUCUAUAUGCGAUAGUUAUCCAGCGGUAUGGGCAGUGCCUGCUGCAGCAACCGACGAAGAUUUACAAGCGUCCGCAGCUUUCCGGAGUAGAGGAAGACUUCCGGUACUAUCGUGGAUCCAUCCAGAGAGUCAAGCAACGAUAACUCGUUGUGCUCAACCACUGGUCGGAGUUGGUGGUAAACGUAGUCGCGAAGACGAGAGAUAUGUUCAGCUUAUUAUGGAUGCUAAUGCGCAAAGUCACAAAUUAUUUAUUAUGGAUGCUCGACCAAUGACAAACGCGGUAGCAAACAAAGCGAAGGGUGGCGGCUAUGAAAGCGAGGAUGCUUAUCAGAACGCAGAGCUCGUGUUUCUUGAUAUUCAUAACAUACACGUUAUGAGGGAGAGCCUUAGAAAAUUAAAGGAAUUGUGUUUUCCAACAAUUGACGAGGUCAGAUGGCUGUCGGGAAUAGAAUCUACCGUCUGGUUGAAACAUAUUAAAUACGUGCUCGCUGGAGCGGUACGAAUUGUUGAUAAAGUAGAAAACCAUAAAACUUCGGUUUUAGUACAUUGUUCCGAUGGUUGGGAUAGAACGGCCCAGCUGACAGCACUUGCCAUGUUGAUGCUAGAUCCCUAUUAUAGAACAAUCAAAGGUUUUCAAGUACUUGUAGAGAAAGAAUGGCUUAGUUUUGGUCACAAAUUUCAGCAGAGGAUUGGACAUGGUGAUGAACAUCACAGUGAUGCAGACAGGUCGCCAGUAUUUUUGCAGUUCAUGGAUUGCGUGUGGCAAAUAGGUCGUCAGUUUCCAAAUGCGUUCGAAUUUAACGAACACUUCCUAAUCACUAUUCUCGACCAUCUGUAUUCGUGUAGAUUUGGCACAUUUCUAUUCAGCAGCGAACGCGAAAGAGUUCAAGAACAAGUUAAACAAAAAACUGUUUCACUUUGGUCAUAUACGAACAGCCAGUUGUCGCUUUAUCAGAAUCCGUUAUACUGGGCCGCUCCGAAUUAUCAGAUAGUUUUAAUUCCGAUCGCCAGUAUGAGAUACAUUAAGCCAUGGAAAAGUUUGUAUUGCAGAUGGAAUCCAAGUAUGCGGCAGCAGGAUCCCGUUUACCAACGAACAAGAGAGCUUCUAGUAUUAAAGGAACAACUUGAGAAACAGCUCGAGGAAGGCCGCCGUGAACAGGCUAGUCGAGCAAACCGAUCAGUGACCUCGACAGCACCGCCUCGAAUACAUUCCCCGGUUCAUUCAUAGCGCGCGGCAACGAUUCAUUCUCAUCUUUUAAUGAUCAUCUCUAGUUAGUUGUAAAUGAUAUUUUUCUUUGCUUGUUUUCAUGUGAUAUGUGUGAGAAUGAAAUCAGAAAGAAGCCAAGUUUUGCGUACUACAAAAUGUAUUCACAUUACCGUUAUAAUAUUCUAAUAAAUAACUACUUUAAGUACA